AUGGAAGCAACCGAUGCAACAGAAGUAACCUUGGAAUCAUUAUCCGCGAGUUCACGUUCUCCAUCGAUAGAAGAGCUUGAUCAUCCAUCAUCAGAGGAUCAACCAUUAUUACCGGAUGAAGAACGUACUUGUGAUUCAUUAAGCACUUAUGAUACUUAUGAAUCAUCCGGAGAGGAAGAAAUAGUAGUUUCAGGUUCAAGUUGGGCUGCGUAUGUUAAUGUAACUUGUGUGGUGGCAGGAACCGGAAUUCUAGGUUUGCCAUAUUCAAUCAAACAAAGUGGCUGGAUAGGAUAUCAUGCAUUUGGAAAUUUUGGAAAAUAUUUUUUGGUUGGAGUGUUUAAUAACGCAAUCCUGCUUGGUGUUCCUAUAUUAUUUUUUAUACUGGCCGGACAAAGUCUCGAUAAUAUUGUAGAACAAAUUUGGGAUAUCAAAUUAGGUGUCCGUGUAUGGACCCAAAUAUCUGCUGUAUUCGUAGCUUUACCAUUUAUAUUCACAAAAACUUUGAAAGAAGUGGUGGUUUUAAGCGCUCCCAAUCCGCCCUCGCAUAAUAUAUUGGUUAUUUCGGAACUUCCUGUUGCACUCGCGUCAAUCUCAUUUUCAUUUGGAGGAAAUAGCGUUUUUCCUCACAUUGAAGAGAACAUGAAAAAUAGACAUAAUUGGAAUAAAGUCGUUGCAUUAGCUUUGGCAACAUGUGCAAUUAUGUAUGCUUUAGUUGCUUUUGCCGGUUAUUAUGUAUAUGGUGAUAAUACAAUGAGUCCUAUUUUUCUAAAUUUACCUAAAGGUAAAAGUGUUAGUCAAAUUUGUCUUGAAAAUUCUCAAAACAAAAUAUUAACAGAGGUUAAUAUUGUAGGUCCUGUGUUGACGAUAGCGUCUUUAUUUAUGACAAUGCAUGUGCUUAUGACUGCUCCGAUUCUUUUGACUUCUUUCGCUUGUGAUGCUGAAAAACACUUAAAAGUCACACGUGAAUAUCUUUCCCCUUUUGCCGAAUUUACUCUUCGCGCUUUGUUCCGAACUUGUCUUAUUAUUAUAUGUACAGUAAUUGCUGUAUUGGUUCCAUUUUUUGG